UUUGGUGUUAGUGAGCUACAACCUCUGAACAGUGUGAUACGUAAUACGAAUCGUAUUUAUACAUUUCACCGAAAUUAUGACCUCGUCGAGCUUAAUUAACUUUGAAGUAAAUUAUCCGUGGAUAAAUUCGUCUCUGUUUGAAAAAUUGCUACGAAAAGACUACAAUAGUGAUGACGUUAUUGAGGUCGAAAAAUAUUCGUUGGAACCGGCGUUGAAAAACGGUGAAAAUUUUUUGAGUCAAAUGAUACGGGCAAGAGUUGACUAUAGAGUUAACGGUAGUUUGAACAAAAUAAACUUUGUGAUCAAAGCUCAACUUUUGGACGAGGCUCAGAGUAUCCAUCAAAAUGAAUUAUUUUCGAGAGAAAUUGCCGUCUUCAAGUAUGUUAUUCCAUAUGCAGUAGAGCUGUUAAGAAGAAUUGGUGACGAUACAAAAAUUUCAGCAAAAUGUUACGAAGCCAACUCCGAAAAACUUUAUCUAGUAUUCGAAGAUCUUACAUCUCGUGGAUAUCGAAAUGUUGAUAGACAGAUUGGAUUGAGUGUGGAUAACUAUAAGUCUGCAUUUCUAGUGUUGGCCAAAUGGCAUGCAGCAACAGCUGUAUUAGUGCAAACGGAUAAUCAUCCCACGAUAAGACUAUUUGACGACAUGUUCACUACAACUUUCUUUGAAAAUUUAGUAAAAAGAAUCAUUGAAAGAACCGCCCAAUUUAUCAAAGAAUUUAAACCUGACAAUGAGAAGCUAGCAGUCAAAUUGGAAGCAAUGUCCGAUGGAAUCUUCAUUAAAAUUCAAGAAUCUACCGAAAGAGUUUCCACUGAAUUCAACUGUUUAUGUCACUCCGAUUUAUGGACCAAUAAUAUUAUGUUUAACGACUCCCUUCCGCUGAAUAGCAAUGCCUUGCUCAUUGACUUUCAAAUGGUCCAUACAGCGUCGCCGGUUUUAGAUAUUUGUUACUCACUUUUCUCGUCAUCGGAAGUGUCGGCAAGACAAAAUGAAUUUGAUUUUUUACUAUCCUAUUACCACAACCACCUUUCGUCGACAUUAAAGCAAUUGGGAUACAAGAACGAAAUACCGACAUUGGAUUUCCUAAAAGAUCAAAUGCUACUUAGGGGAAUCUAUGGUGUACCGUUGGGUAUAUGGGGAACGAUUCGAAGAUAUAUAGAGGAAAAUGACAUAAGUGAAAUGGACUUGCUAACAUUGGAUGGCGAAGAGAAUAAAUUGCACUGGUACAACCUCUUCAAUAAUCCUAAGUGUCAUGGCAAGGUAACGUUCUUAUUGGACUACUUCGAUUCGAAAGGGUACUUUGAUAUGAAAGGUAAAUGAUUCGGAAAUUUGUUUGCAAUUGGUACUGUUAUAAAGUUGUUGUCUGUGCUUACGUUUUUA